AUGCCGUUCAUAGCCAACACGCCAGAAUCGCUCGUCGCGCGCUCCGAUUCUAAAAACCCGUCAACGACAUGUCGUGGUAUCACAUCAAGCGGCCGCACCUGUCGUCGCCGUAUUUCGCCCUCGGGUCUGGAUCAGAAGGCAGUCGGUGGAAGUCGGCACUUUGGCAGUAGACUCCGCGUGGACGACCCCCGCGAUGAACGACUCUACUGCUGGCAGCACAAGGAACAGGCGAGCAUGUCAGCGCGCUCGAGCCCGGGCCCACAGACAUCACCCUCCCCCAUCCUCGAAGAACGCACGAGCUUGGAUACGCUCGCCGACAGGCUGAAUCUUCUUAGCAUGACGGAUGGCUACGGCGGCAAACGAAUGACAGGUGACGCAGGUGUGCGACCCUCUACGUCGCUCAAAUCGCCAGGGGGACGAACCCAGCGGCCACGGCCCAGGACGUCAAGGACCGCCUUCUUUUGUUUCUGCUUCGAGAUCCCGUCCGACGAAGCUUCCUUACCAUCACCUCGCCCACGACCACGGCCGGCCCAGUUGUCUGGCAUUUCCUCGUCGUCGGGAUCUGCCCAUGUGGCCCACGCGCGUGGCAAGGGCAAUCAGACAGCUGAGCAAACGUAUCGGGACCGGACAUCGCCCAGAAGUCACCACCACCAGCCAGGAUCUCGAAAGCCCUCAACUGCGUCCCAAACAGCGCAAUAUCUAGCCUUGGUCCCAAAGACGGUGUCACCACAGACCGCAUCUAGCCUGAUGGCCGAAUUGGCCAAGCCCUUCUCUCAGGUCGAUGAACCGGGAUAUAUUUACAUGUUUUGGCUAACGCCCGAGUCGCAGCAGGUCGCUCCGCCGACCGAGGCCGCCCGCUCUCUUCUAUUACCUCUAACUCGCCCCGACGGCGGCGACUGGCGGCGUGCCAGCGAUAUCGUUGCAUCUUUUGCCGCAGGCGAAGCAAUGCCGACGGAGAAAGUGUAA